CCUCUGCUUUUCAGGCUCUUCCGCUUUGCUCUUCUGCUUCUAAUGAAUUGAAAUCUCUGCGAGCCGCCACGGCUCUGGUACUUUUAUAAAACUGUCCUUGCUCUGUCUGCAUUCGUCCAGUCAAGGGUAUCUUUGCCUGAGGUCGGAGUGGUGCUGUUAGUCCUGAUGAUGAUUGCAUAGCAACACAGAGCCGCUCGGAGAGGGGAAGGAGGAGGAGGAGGAGAAGGAGGAGGAGGAGGAGGAGAAGGAGGACGGAGAGGUGGGAGAGACAGGGAGAGUGUGCACACAGCAGCUGUCGGCAUCCCUGUCUGAGGGACUUCUUUGCUGAUUCACAGAGGCAGCCUAGCCUGGGCCUCCCAGCUUCCAGCUACCGCCUGCUUCGCAGACCUGACGGAAUUAGAAGGUGCUUGAUGCCCCACAGUUGGUCUACUGCCAGUCCUCACCCUCCAUGAGCCUUGGUGCUAAUGCAACCUUUGGUCAUGCAGGGAUGCCCUUACACCCUCCCACGAUGUCAUGAGUGGCAUGCUGCUGACCGGUUUCAUCACAGCAGCAGCCUCCGAAACACCUGCCCCCAGCCUCAGGUUAGAGCUGCGGUCACUAUCCCUGCACCACCUUGGGAUGGUGCCGGGGAUCCCUGCCUAAGUCCCAAGCUCUUGAACGGGUCUGUUGGAGCCAUUGGGCCCUUGGAGCCAUCAGCCAUGAAUCUGUGUUGGAAUGAAAUAAAAAAGAAGUCUCACAACCUCCGCGCCCGCCUAGAGGCCUUCUCAGACCACAGUGGAAAACUUCAGCUUCCUCUCCAAGAGAUUAUUGACUGGCUCAGCCAAAAGGAUGAGGAGUUGUCAGCUCAGCUACCCUUGCAAGGGGAUGUGGCCCUGGUACAACAGGAGAAGGAGACGCAUGCGGCCUUCAUGGAGGAAGUCAAGUCCAAGGGCCCCUACAUCUACUCUGUGCUGGAAUCCGCUCAGGCUUUCCUGUCCCAGCACCCAUUUGAGGAAUUAGAGGAGUCUCAUUCUGAGGGCAAAGAUACCUCCCCCAGACAGCGGAUUCAAAACCUUAGUCGCUUUGUAUGGAAGCAGGCAACAGUGGCCAGUGAACUGUGGGAGAAGCUGACAGCCCGCUGUGUGGAUCAGCAUCGCCACAUUGAGCAUACUCUGGAACAUCUGUUGGAGAUCCAAGGGGCAAUGGAGGAAUUGAGCAGUACUUUGACCCAAGCAGAAGGAGUGCGAGCCACGUGGGAGCCCAUAGGGGAUCUCUUUAUUGAUUCCCUCCCAGAGCAUAUCCAAGCUAUCAAGUUAUUCAAAGAAGAAUUCUCUCCUGUGAAAGAUGGGGUGAAGUUAGUGAAUGAUCUGGCCCACCAGCUUGCCAUCUCUGAUGUACACUUGUCAAUGGAGAAUUCAAGGGCUCUGGAACAGAUCAACAUCCGGUGGAAACAGCUCCAGGUGUCAGUUGCUGAGAGGCUUAAGCAGCUCCAGGAUGCCCACCGGGACUUUGGGCCUGGGUCACAGCACUUUCUCUCCACUUCUGUCCAAGUUCCCUGGGAAAGAGCAAUUUCUCCCAAUAAAGUCCCCUACUACAUCAACCACCAGGCUCAGACCACAUGCUGGGACCAUCCCAAGAUGACUGAGUUAUACCAAACCCUAGCCGAUCUGAACAACAUUAAGUUCUCAGCUUACCGCACCGCCAUGAAGCUCCGCAGAGUCCAGAAGGCGCUGCGCUUGGAUCUGGUAACGUUAACUACAGCUCUGGAGAUCUUCAAUGAGCACGACUUGCAGGCCAGUGAACAUAUAAUGGAUGUGGUGGAGGUCAUUCACUGCUUGACUGCCUUGUAUGAACGACUGGAGGAGGAAAGAGGCAUCCUGGUCAAUGUGCCACUGUGUGUAGACAUGAGCCUCAACUGGCUCCUCAAUGUUUUUGAUAGUGGUCGCAGUGGAAAAAUGCGAGCAUUGUCCUUUAAGACUGGCAUCGCAUGCCUGUGUGGCACCGAAGUGAAAGAAAAACUUCAGUCAGAUCUCUUCAGCCAAGUGGCCAAUUCAGGCAGCCAGUGUGAUCAACGCCAUCUCGGUGCCCUGCUUCAUGAAGCCAUUCAAGUGCCCCGUCAGCUGGGUGAAGUGGCAGCAUUUGGGGGCAGCAAUGUGGAGCCCAGUGUCCGAAGUUGCUUUCGCUUUAGCACUGGCAAACCAGUCAUUGAAGCUUCCCAGUUCCUGGAGUGGGUCAACUUGGAGCCGCAGUCUAUGGUGUGGCUGGCUGUUCUGCAUCGGGUCACCAUCGCUGAGCAAGUGAAACAUCAGACCAAGUGCUCUAUCUGUAGACAGUGCCCCAUCAAAGGGUUCAGGUACCGGAGUCUGAAACAGUUUAACGUGGAUAUCUGCCAGACCUGCUUCUUGACAGGCAGGGCCAGCAAAGGCAACAAGCUCCACUAUCCCAUCAUGGAGUAUUACACACCGACCACAUCUAGUGAAAACAUGAGGGACUUUGCCACAACCUUAAAGAAUAAAUUCCGCUCCAAGCAGUAUUUCAGCAAACACCCUCAGCGAGGUUAUCUGCCUGUGCAGUCAGUCCUGGAGAGCGACUGCAGUGAGACACCUGCUUCUUCCCCGAUGUUGCCACACGCUGACACACACUCUCGAAUUGAGCAUUUUGCCAGCAGGCUUGCUGAGAUGGAAAGUCAAAACUGUUCCUUUUUUAAUGACAGCCUGUCCCCGGAUGAUAGCAUCGAUGAGGACCAGUACCUGUUGCGGCACUCCAGCCCCAUCACAGACCGAGAGCCGGCCUUUGGACAGCAGGCUCCAUGCAGCAUGGCCACAGAAAGCAAAGGGGAACUAGAGAAGAUCCUGGCCCAUUUAGAAGAUGAGAACCGGAUUCUCCAGGGAGAGCUGAGGCGCCUGAAAUGGCAGCACGAGGAAGCAGCCGAGGCACCUACCCUGGCUGAGGGCUCUGCUGAAGCAACCCCAGACCACCGCAAUGAAGAGCUCCUGGCUGAAGCCAGGAUCCUGCGGCAGCACAAGAGCCGCCUGGAGACACGUAUGCAGAUCCUUGAAGACCACAACAAGCAGUUAGAGUCUCAGCUACAGCGCCUGAGGGAGCUGCUCCUGCAGCCACCCACUGAAUCAGACGGCAAUGGCUCUGCAGGCUCAUCCCUAGCUUCCUCUCCACGCCAGUCAGAAUGCGGUCAUCCCCGGGAGAAGGGACAGACUACUCCAGAUACUGAGAUUGCAGAUGAUGUGGGGUCCAAGAGUCAGGAUGUCAGCCUAUGCUUAGAAGACAUCAUGGAGAAGCUCCGCCACGCCUUCCCCAGUGUGCGAAGCUCUGAUGUGACUACAAACACUCUGCUGGCCUCUUGAUGGAGUCAGAUCCCCAUCUUGUAGUUCAUAGUCCUUUCCUGAUUCUUGUCAAUGCCUUCCUUCCCUUAACCUUUGCCCAACCUUUCCAGUACUCACUGGCCCCACAUUCCUCAGCCAGAGAUAUUUGGGCCUGGGGCAGCAGCAGGGAUCUAAUGGUUUGUGAGAUGUGGUGGGGGAAGAAGGGAGGAGAGGUGUGCUUCUUCUGACUCUAGAAACGGACCCAUUAAUCCUUAAGAUUGAACCUGUCUCUUAUGUUAUUCUGCUGUUGCAGCCCAGGCAAAGGCACUUGUCACCCAGAUAAGGAGCCGAAAGUUACCUUGCAGAGCUAAAGCAGUGCCCACUGGUCCCUUUCACUUCUCCGUGGAAGGGAAAGCUUGAUGGCCCCAAGGUUCUGCAUUAUUGAUCCACCAAGGGUUAUAUUCCUACUCUCUGGCCCAACUGAAAGAGACAAGUGGGAAUCCCUGAGACACUCUUCCAAAGUGCCCCUUGAGAAGUCUGGGCAGUUUAUGUCCUAUUAAUUCAGCUCCAGAGCACAGUUCUCACCGUGAGGACUCUAUCUACAUGUUUUUUUCCUCACAUAUCUUUAAUUCAUCCUGCCACAGUACCUACCAGAGCUUCUCUGAUGAAAGAUCCAUUCAUUGUAGACGAGCUUCCACCCUAUAUUUGGUAACAUUAAAGAAAUACUUGUUUCUUUAUAUCCCCCCCUCCCCAUGCUCCUGUUUCCUGAUGGCCUCGGCAUCCCAAGAGACUCAUUGAGAUGCUCUGGAAACCCAUCUGAAACCACUCUUUGGUUUUCUGAGUCUAUCUUCACUGAUGUGCUGGCAGGAGUGGCAGUUUCUUUGACCUAGAACGGCCUUGCUCUCUCUAUUUUGUGUGAGAAAGGAAAAGAAGCCCUCUCUCCUAGGGGAGUAUGGGCCUGACGCUCUCCAGGGUAUAACCGUUUGAUAGCAUAAGUUGGACUGGGUGAGAUGGCUCAUUGCCCCCAGAUAUUCACUGGAAAGUUCCAACUGACCAGCCUGAAUAGUGCUCCCUGCUUAAAAGCUACUAGACUUGAAUCAGAAAACUGGCCACAUUCCACCCAAGGUGGAAUAGCAGCAAGCUCUUCCUGCACAUAAAACUGUUGCUAACACUGAAAGGUGAACCAUGUCCUCAAAAUGAAUUAACUUUUCCUAGGCUGUAUAUACUGUGACUCCUCUGUCCAGCAACUGUUGGAAAUAAGAGUGUGGAUGUGGAAAGAGUGGGUUAGGGAACUUGGAGCAGAGGCAGAGCAUACUUAGACUACUUUCUACUGGGGAGAGCUCUCACCCCAGAGCCUUGCAAUGGACUAAAAUUUGAGUUUAUAUAUACACAUCUAUUCUACAUAUCUACUGUACAUCAGUGCUCUCCCAGCCUUACUCACACAUUAAAUUCUAAUAGUUCUUAAAGAAUUAGUGUCCUGCCUUGCUCUUUGUUAGCCUCAGUCUCUAGCGGGAAGAUAAAGGAAGGCAUCCUGACUGUGCCCUUAGGAUGUUUUUCUCUACACUGAUAUUUGAGGCAAAUUGACCCUUAGACUAAUCCAAGGAAAGCCUGCGGCCACAGAGUCAUCUAACAGGAAGAGGCAUUCUGUACUCUUCACUAAUUUCAAACUUUGUUCCACUGAGACUUGGGCCUUGGGUAAAAUUUUCUUACCACCCUUAACAAUGAUUCAGAAACCAAAGUAGAGCGCACCCAAGCUCUACCCAGUCUACAAAAAGGAAGGACAAAAGGCAUAGGUUAGACGUUGCCAGGCUAAGACAUAGAAUGCAUCCUAUGGUCUCUAUUAGGCCCUAAGAUCUGAAUCAUGGCCUUACAGGAUGCAGUGGUUGUCACCACGGUCAGGAGAGAGUGAAAUGUUUAGAGUUCUGUCUUAUAAACCAAGCCGAGGCAAACACAUGGGACUGCUAGGAACCUAGAUUGAUCUGCCCCCAGGGAGGUAGAGCAGUAGCUUGAUUUCAGAAGUCUAGAUUGCAUUCUCCCCAACCAAGCCACAGAUUCAAGGGUCAAAUUUCAUGCCUGGAGAUCUCUCAGAAGAACUGGGUAUCUACUUAUAUUGCGAGCAAUUGAAGGCAAGCAUCAAACACAGAACUGGAUCAUAAGUCAGAAUGAGGCAUCUUUGUAGGAGCCUGGAUUGUGGGCAGGAUUCAGACAAAUUUGUUGUGGAACAGGGGACUCAGAAACUAUGAAGUAUGUGCCUCCCUAUGCCUUAGGAGCACAGAUACUGUGAAACAAUCUAAGAUACCUUUUAAAAACCUCUACUUGAGCUCUUAGGCCACCUAGGGUCUGUGACAAUUUUAUUGGAACUGGACUUGGUAGAAAAGAUGUUGAUCUUGUUAUGUAGGGUUUGUGCUGGACGUAGACCGAAGCAGCAGGUCAAGGUUGAAGUCUCACUAAGGGAGUCACUGGCACUUUGCCAUCUUGUGUUUACCUGCAAUGCCCCAGAUGAAUAUAUUGUGCAGGGAUCCAGUAGCAAUCACCGCUCCGUAUGUAGGCAAGUUGCCAGCCAUGAUGAAAAUGGCUCCUUGGACAGUGUAAAUUCACACUGGGGCUGAAUUUAGCAAAAUGUGUUCUAUGUUAUUGGGUGUGUUGUGCAUUGAAGCUCCUCAAGGAGUCUUGUGUAAUGUGUAGCCCUAGAGUUGAAGGUGGUAAAGGAGUUGCUGGAUUAGUAGUCUAAGGAAAACCUUCUGAUUUAUGAGCUAGCAUCCGUGAUGAGGAAUGUGUUUACUGGAUUUGUUAUCCAAUAGUGGAGGCAAUUUAUUCUGGACAGAAUUUGAUAGAGAACAAUAAGCCAUCGAGAGGAUAGCUGAUAGCUGUGCUUUCGGCUCAAGCAGAGUGGCUUCACAUCGACAAUUGUUACAUUGUCAAUUGUUAGGGAAGGUUGACUGACUAGAAGACAAGGAAGGCUGUGGUAUGUAAUUCCACAGAGAGUUUUUCAUCCAGGAGAACAUGUACCCUUCUCUUCAGAAUAUAAGGGUGAGAAUCAAGGUUCUCAAUGUUUCUCACAAGGCUCAGGCUCAGGCGGUACUUCACAGUGGAGAGACCUGAUUGAGAUGUCAGGUGUCUUAUGAACUCUCUGGCAGGCCACAAUAGUGAAAAACAAACCAAGGGCAAGGCAGAGGCAAAGCCUGGGAGAUUUUUUACCACCAGAUUAAUUUUAAGGACUCUCCUUCCUUCCUGGGGUAUGUGUUUUUAAAGAGUUUGGGGGUUCAGUCCCCAGCUUCAGGCUAGAGCAUUUGUUUGAACUCAACAUUUUCAGUAGUAGAGUUGUGGCCUCUGGGACUAUUUUCUGUUAUUAAUUCCAUCCAGUUUCCUUUGGUACUUUGGCAAAUAACCAACUAGGAGUGCCAAGCUAGGAACAGUCCUGGUAGAGAACCUAGAGACAUUGCCCUAAGGCUGUGGAAAUUUAGCUCCCCAGCUGGGUAGCCCAACCAGUGGGCCCUUCCUGCGGAAACCUGGGACUUGGGACAAAGAAACACUUCAGCAAUUCCUCCCUGUUUUAACACUUGUGACUGUGGGUGAGGGGGACACUCAAGGCCAGGGCUCCUCUCCCAGCAUCCUUCUCCUUUAGCUGCCAUUUUUGGAAGGAGACCUGCUGAAUGUCCUUGCUGUUCCCAAGGCAGUAUUAAAGGCAGACUGAAGUCUGCUAUGCUGCUCGCUGACUGCAAGAACAGAUCACAAGGAUAAAAACUAGGGUAUCGGGGAGGUGUCAAGGGUAGCAUGCCAGUGUAUAAAAGUUUGGGAUAAAGGGGGCUAGGAGCAAAUGGGUUAACUUCAAUUGCCACUCACUGUGGUGCUUUUCCCAUUUUAUCCUUGAAUUCUGCUUUGAAGAAUAAAUUUGUUAUUUGUUUACUUUGGGCCCUCUGGUUAUUCUCUCCAAUCAUGACAUUUGUCCCUCUUCCAGUAUUUUGAGGUGGACAGAAAAGAGCAUAGGUCAAGAAGCCACAGGAAUACUGCCAGUUAAGCUCUGUUUUUUACUCUAAAAUUGUGGAUAUAUAUAUAUAUAUAUAUAUAUAUAUAUAUAUAUAUCGUGUGUGUGUGUGUGUUAAACUAUCCCCAUUAACUGAUGGUGAUUUUAUUUACCGUCAUUUCAUGCCAAAAUAAAGCUCUGUUAGUCCUUCAUUUACCCCAAUUUUUCUUUCCUUGCCAGUCCAUAACAAUACUGUCCAAUGCAAAUGUGAAUCACAUCCAUAGUUAAAAAUGUUAAAUCAUGUCAAAAGUAAAAGUACAUUGGGGAAAUUAAGUUUAAUAUUUUAGCCCACCCAACAAAUACUAUCUUUCCAGCUAUUCAUUUACAAUUAUUAUUAAACACUUAUUGGGAA